AUGGCACCCUCUCUCCUCCAGGCCUACAGGAGGCGCUGGUGGAUGGCGGUGACGGCAGUGAUCGAGAAUCUGCUUUGCUCGGCCGUGCUCCUGGGUUGGGGCUCGCUGCUCAUUAUGCUGAAGCGUGAGGGCUUUUACUCGCACCUUUGCUCAGAGAACGAUUCGGUGGUGGUGUCUUUGGGUAACUCAUCCAGCGGUGAGGUGGAAGAGUGGCUUAGCUGCGUGGACCAAGAGGAAAUGUUGAACCUGGGUUUUACUAUCGGUUCCUUCCUGCUCAGCGCCACCACCAUGCCCCUUGGGAUCCUGAUGGACAAGUUUGGGCCACGCCCACUCCGCCUUACGGGCAGCUCAUGUUUUGGUUUGUCCUGCAUUUUGAUGGCCGUAUCUGCAUACGACCCUCCAACACUGUCGUGCCUUAUCUUCCUGGCUCUGUCCAUGAAUGGCUUCGGGGGCAUUUGCCUGACCUUCACCUCCCUCACGUUGCCUAAUAUGUUUGGCGCCCUGAGCUCCACCGUCAUGUCUCUUAUGAUUGGCUCCUACGCCUCCUCUGCUGUUACAUUCCCUGGGGUCAAGCUCAUCUACGACGCAGGCGUUUCCUUUGAGGUUAUUAUGUGGUCCUGGGCAGGCCUCGCCGGGUUUGUCUUUGCCAACUGCUUCCUUAACUGGCCCAAGGAAGGUUUCCCGACACCAGAAGAGGUUGAUUACAGUCAAAUCCUUACAAAGGUCUCGUCAUCAGACCAGAAGAUUGUUAGAGAGCAAUUAAAGGAAAAAAAUGGCGAUGUCCAACACUCAAUGGAGAAACUUCCCAAUGGAGGCGAUGUUACGCCAAACACCGUUCCCUUCCGCCGCUCUGUCUUCUCUCCCAUCUUCCUGUGGAGUCUGGUUACUAUGGGAAUGUCCCAGCUGAGGAUCAUCUUCUUCAUGGGCGCUAUGAACAAGAUGCUGGAAUUCAUGGUGACUCACGGCGAAGAGCACCCUUCGGAAGAGUUGGUGAUUGAAAGCGCAGAGAAAGUGAGCUUCUACUCGUCCAUCUUUGGCACCCUGCAGUUGCUGUGUCUCCUCACAUGCCCGUUGAUUGGCUACAUCAUGGACUGGAAAAUGAAGGAGUGUGAUGAGGACAAGACCCUUGGAGCAGGAUGUGAAAAGAGCCAGACCAGCGGGACCAAGCGGGACCGCAAGAUUCAGAAAGUGACCAACGCCAUGAGGGCUUUUAUCCUCACCAACCUGCUGCUUAUUGCCUUUGGCUGUUGCUCCCUCAUCGAUUCCCUGCCGCUACAGAUUCUGACGUUCAUCCUUCAUACCAUGGUUCGAGGCUUCAUCCACUCCUGCUGCGGAGGCCUCUAUGCUGCUGUAUACCCGUCCAACCACUUCGGCACACUGACAGGCCUCCAGUCCUUUAUCAGCGCCUUGGUGGCCUUGCUCCAGCAGCCACUUUUCAUCGCCAUGGUCGGCCCACUCAAAGGCAACCCCCACUGGAUCAACAUUGGCUUGCUGAUACUCUCAUUAGCUGGCUUCCUGUUGCCUGGCUACCUCUUCUUCCACCGCAGAUCCCUGGUGAGGGAAAAAGAGGCCCGAGACAAGAGGGCUGCCGGCCAAGAGAUGCAAGCGCUCAACCACGCGGAGGCCAACGGUUACAAGCACCACGGCAACGGGCAGGCGGCUGUCGAGGCUUAA